GGUCCCACUCACAGUGAGAAGACAAAGCCGCGGUAAUCCGAUUAGAACCAAUUAAGCGUGAGAUUCUAAAGGCAGCAAGAGCUGAAAGCCUCAACUCGCCGAAGACAUCUGGACACUCCCAGAGAGAGAAAGGCAGAGUAGAUAAACUCAGAUAGGGAUGGUGUGGGGGAAAGAGGGGAGUGAGUAAGAGAGGUUGUAGAGAGAGAUAGUGACUGUUAAAGUGGAUUUGCCGGUCCCUCAGACAUACAGGAAACUCUUCGCGUACUCAGCAUCCUCUCCUCCUCACGCCCUGGACCAGCACACGACAAAUACACAGCAGAUUUCUCGGUGACAUCGGGCUUUCGUACACAGCUCCAUAGAUAAACAAAGCCCGUAAAACCAUCAUGUUUUACUUUCAUUGUCCCCCUCAGCUGGAUGGAGAAUGCUGUCGGACUAAUACGCUGAACACCAACGGGUUUGCCAACCAUGCGUCAGCAGGUGAUUUUGAUGACGGCUUUCUGCGGAGAAAACAACGUAGAAAUAGGACAACAUUUACUCUACAACAGUUGGAAGCUUUGGAGGCUGUUUUCGCGCAGACUCACUACCCGGAUGUUUUCACGCGCGAGGAACUGGCCAUGAAGAUCAACCUGACGGAGGCGCGUGUCCAGGUGUGGUUCCAGAAUCGCAGGGCCAAGUGGAGAAAGACAGAGAGAGGGAGUACAGACCCUGACGGAGGGAAGGAGCAGAUGAACGAGGGAGGCACUCCUCCGUCCAGGAGUCUGAACUCCCAGUCUCCUGUGGAUCAGAGCAGGAAACAGAAGGAACCUUUGGAGAUGCAGCAGAGUAUAAACCGAGGGGUGGGUCCUGGUGGCCCGUUCUUCCCCUCCUGUCUACCAGGAACCCUCCUGAACUCAGCCACCUAUGCCCAGGCUCUGUCACAUGUUGCCACAAUGAAGGGAGGUGGUCUGUGCUCAUGCUGUGUUCCUGACCCCAUGGGCCUGUCCUUCUUGCCCCCCUAUGGUUGUCAGGGCAACCGUACGGCCAGUGUGGCAGCCCUGCGGAUGAAGGCCCGGGAGCACUCCGAGGCCGUGCUACAGUCAGCCAACCUGCUGGGGGCCGGCCAUGGGCAUGGGACUGGAGUAGGAGGCAUGUCGGUGCUUGGGGUGUCUGGGGCUGGGUUGACGAGGCCCGGGAUGGGCCCUGCCCUGGGAGUAGUAUCUGGAUCAGUGUUGGGCGUCUCUGGAGCCGUGGGGAGAGGCUCCAGAGACGAGGCUCCCAGCCCAGGCUCCAAGACCCCGACUCAGGGUACCGGGUCUGACAAACACCCCCUCUGCCCCAAGGAACCACUGGAGAAAAAGUGAGUGUGUCUGUGUCGCUGCCCAGAGGAGACAGACGUACAGACAGUGUGGAUGUACAGACGGAAGGACUGGGACUUAAAACUCCUGUGGUGUGAAUGUGCCUACUGUUACAACUACUCUCCCUCUACCUACUCCUCCUAAAGCACAACUAUGGACCUAGUCCUAUUACUACUGGAGCAAGGAGAGAAGUGGUUACCCAGAUAUCAUACUCUAUGGAAUCAACUAUCAAGAUAUUGUAUGAGUGUGAUUUAUUUAUUGUGGGUGAAUAUUGCUGAAUAUCGUGGGGCCGUUGCGGUCCCCUUAUAAGCACACGUACUGUACGUAGCUCAUGGACUCUACAUGGACUCUGAAUAAACUGUGUGUGAUGGAGACUACCACCCUGGCUAAUAAUGUGAAUCUAAGGCAUUUCCCCUUCUCUCUCAUCUUGGCUACACGCUCUCCCUUGUGUAUUAGGGUAUUGUGUUACAGAAAGUCACCAGACAAUAUAACAUGUUAUGUUCCUCUUUUUUUAAACACAUGUAAAACACAAUGUGAAAUAUUGACACUUCUAUAGUUUUCACUGGAGUCAUGGUCAUCAGUGUUCAGGUUUUUAAGCCAGCGACCAGAGAGAACGCUAACUACUGAUUUAUUUAUGUCUCGUUUAACUGACAGUGGCAGUGUACAUGAAUCAACGUAUUUGCUUUUACAUCGAUGUUAAAGUGCCACAGUUGAAGCUAAUGUUGCUCUGUGGUCCCUUGGCUACGCUAACAGGGUAGGCUAACAGAUAUGAUGACACAACAGUGGUGUUGAUAUCAGGGCUUUUGCUAAUAGCAGUCUGCUAGCACGUCUGUGGCAUUACUAGCGUUAGCCGACCCCGGAUCACUUUAGUCCUGUUGUGACAUGUUCUCUAAAACAAUUAAAGGUGUAGUCUCUCCUGUUGCCUACCGCCACGGCCAUCUGCUCCUAUCCAUUAUUCAUCAGUUUCCCUUAAAAGCUGGAGAAACUAGAGAACGCCACUCAUAACCUCCUCUCUCUCUCUCUCUCUCGCUCGCUCGAGACGCAUUGCCAGGUUACAAUAGCCCAUUUAACAUGACACAUGCUAUUUAUUAAUACUAAAAUGUAUAUUUACAAAACGAUAGGCCUUUAAACCUAGAGGCUCCUUCAUGGUUCAUCAGUGAUUGUUGAUUUAUUCAUUUAGCCUUUAAAAAAAAUGUUAAACCUCUUUUCUGUGUUGUCUUUCACCAGAUCGGCUAAUAAGACAUAAACCAAUCAGAUUGAGAAUACUUAAUUGCAGCAAGAGAGAGUACACAGAGACCAGGAUUUAGGCUGAUUCAAUUUGAGUCCUUGAGGAUUUUCAGGAAAUUACUUUUGAUAAUCAAUAACACAAUUAAGUCAACUACACACACAUUAGCAUGAAUAAUUGAUGGUGAAUUAUGUAUUACCACAAAGUACUGGGUUAAUAAUUAAUGAUGAGGGAGACACCCCGGUGACAUGGAGGAGGGAGAUAAUGUCAGAAGUCCUGGCUCGAGCACUCACACUCUUAUAUUCACUCUAUUCCUCUAUCUUUCUCUCCCUCUAUUUCUCUUGUUCUCUAUCUAUUUGUCUCUAUAUUUCUCCCUGUAUCUUCUUUUUCUUUCUCUCUCUUUAUUCAUCUGUCUCCUCUCUCUUCUCUAUCGCUCUCGUCUUUCACAAUGAAAUGUUCUGCAUGCUGUGCAUAGUUCAUAUAUAUUAAUAAAGUGAAGACUUAAUUGGA